AAAGAAAAGCAAUUUGCCUAAAACCGCAAUUGUAAAAUCAUAUACGCCUAGUAACAUAGCAUUUAAUCUUCCCUGGCCUCUGGUGACCACCACUUACUCCAACUUAAGAAAGCUGCUACCUAGCCAACAUGAGUGAGGUUUCCUGCAGAAAACGGGAUGACUACUUGGAGUGGCCCGAGUAUUUCAUGGCAGUUGCCUUCUUGUCAGCACAGAGAAGCAAAGAUCCGAAUUCCCAGGUCGGAGCCUGCAUCGUGAACGCAGAGAACAAGAUCGUUGGGAUUGGGUACAAUGGCAUGCCUAAUGGGUGCAGCGACGACCUGUUGCCUUGGAGGAGGACCGCAGAGAACAGGCUGGACACCAAGUACCCUUACGUGUGCCACGCUGAGCUGAACGCGAUCAUGAACAAGAACUCGGCUGAUGUGAAAGGCUGCAGCAUGUACGUCGCCUUGUUCCCGUGUAACGAAUGUGCUAAGCUCAUCAUCCAGGCAGGUAUAAAAGAAGUGAUUUUCAUGUCUGACAAAUACCAUGACAGUGAGGAGACCACAGCGGCAAGGCUCAUGUUUGAUAUGGCUGGGGUCACGUUCCGGAAAUUUACACCCAAGUGCAGCAAGAUUGUCAUUGACUUUGAUUCAAUUAACAGUCGGCCAAGUCAGAAGCUCCAGUGAGUUACAUCUCAUUGAAACAUCAGAAGAUUGGGAUUAUUGCCUUCCCAGGGGGCUGCUGACACUGUUCACCAGGAGGUAGUGUCUCAGCGCUUCAUAGCCAGUGGGGUGAAAGCAGACAUCUGAAGGGGGAACAGCUUCCAGUCGGCCUUCCCAUCUCUCCCGGCACACGAAAGCUGCACCUGCUGAAACUUUAAGGGAACCCAGGUUGCUGAGCAGCUGCAGCCCUGGGUCCCAGCUCGUUGGGCGGGGUGACUGGAGGCCCCAUGGAAAGGGCGUCAGCCAUCUGUCACUCCCUCACCAAGCGGACGCACGCAGCUGCAGCUCACUGCCUGCCCGUGCUGUGCUGGAAGGACGUAUGAGUCAUUGUUGCUAUGUCGGCCGUGGGUGUGAGCAGAUGGGAACAUCUGGCCCAAGCGAAGCAUAACACUCAAUGCCCUUGGAAGGAAUCUGGACCCAAAAGACAGCAGCUGCAAAUGGGAGUCGUAGAGGGAUCAGGGAGCCUGGCCAUGUCACACGGCCAGCCUGGAUUAGAGGUCUGUUCUCUGUCCCCACUGUCCGGCCACCCCUCUGAGGGUGGGGACCGCUGUGGGGGUUUUGCGUCUGGUUCUUGGUUUCUUGCUCACGUAGAGCCAUGACAGUGAGUUGAUCUGAGAAGUGAGAUGUUCCUAGAGGGGACCAUUCCUCUCCCCUUGCUGCUCCCUGAGGCCCUGCCCUGCCCUGCCGUGGAGGCUU